UAGUGAACUAUUUUUUUGGCAAACAAGAAAUUUAGAAAUUGUGUUCUAAAUUCUCUGGAUUUAUGCAUAACUGAAAAAUGAAAAGCAGUGACUAACAGGGAUUUCUGUCUGAUGGUCCGCAUUGCCGAUAAAAAAUACACAAUGUCGGACGACGAAUCGACCCACGCAGUCGACAAAGGUGAACCAAUGCGGUACGAUCCCGAUUUUCGAGGUCCCUUAAGGAACAGAUCCUGCACGGACGUUUUUUUCCUAAUUUUAUUCAUAGUUUUUCUGAUUGGAUGGGCAGGAGUAGGAUUUUAUGCUUUGAAAAAUGGAAGCCUGAACAAUAUCUUAGGACCAACUGACAGCCUGGGAAGAAAAUGCGGAGUCGACUCCGACGUUCUGGACAAACCCUAUCUUUUAUUUUUCGAUCUCAUGAAAUGUGCCAAACCAGGAGUUGUCAUCAACGGUUGUCCAACACCACAGAUUUGUGUCCAGGAAUGUCCAUCAGACAAUUUCGCCUUCGACACUCAUGUGAGUAGGACAACUAACGUCAAUGAAAUUCGGCAAAGACUAUUUUGUAAACCAGAAAUUGAUAAAAGAAGCCAAAUUGUUGAUUUCGACUCUGCCAGAAGACUUGUGCAAAAUGAGCAAUGUGCUGCCUGGCAUUUGAAGAGCCAACCUGUGUCGCGUCGGUGCAUACCGAACCCUGUGAAUCGUACCGAACUGCACAUCGAAGGAUUCUCGCCGGAUUCACUGAGGAAGGCAUUGCGAAACGUCAAGCGAAUGGCAAGGGCGAACGAGGUCGGCACAAUGUUCGUCGAAGACAUCGUCGCAUCCUGGUGGAAAAUCCUAUUGACAUUAUGCUGUUCUAUGUUGGUUUGCCUUUGCUACAUCGUCCUGAUGAGAUGGCUGGCUGCACCCAUGGUCUGGUUUUCCAUAUUUGGAGUUCUGUGUAUGCUGGCAUUUGGUACGUACUUAACGUUCAGGAACUACAUACGUUUAAAACAUUCUGAUAUUGAACGUUCUGUGGCAAAUACGAAUAUCAAAAAUGCCGUCAAAAAUAUUUUUGAUAAAGAAGGCUACUGGUUGACUUUAGGAAUCAUCUUGGCUAUUUUAUUCGUAAUAUUGCUCCUGGUCGUCAUAUUCUUGAGAAAGAAAAUUGUCGUGGCCAUUGCCCUUAUUAAGGAAGGCAGCAGGGCCGUGAGUUCUGUAACUACAACCCUGGCUUUUCCAAUAUUUCCCUGGAUUUUCCAAACUUUGGUUAUAGCUUAUGCUGUAGUUAUAGCCUUGCAUCUUUCAUCGAUUGGAGAACAAGAUUUCAAAAUUGUGGGAAUGACUGACGACUGGUCUUGCAGUGGCGAAGCAGUAGGAUACAAGAAUAAUGUAUCGUGUACUCCAGAACUGUUCAACAGAUAUUGCACACGAAGAUUCAAUAAUCAUCCCGAUGAAUUUGCUACGUGCCAUUUGAAGGGCAUCGACAAUCCACCACAAGUUGGAUGGUUCCAUGCUUACAACGUGUUAGGAUUUUUCUGGGUGCUGUUCUUCAUAUCAGCUUUGGGUGACAUGAUUUUGGCUGCAACUUUUGCAACAUGGUACUGGACUUUUAAUAAAGAUGAUGUGCCUUACUUUACCUUGACAGCAGGACUUAUGAGAACGAUAAGGUAUCAUUUGGGUACUUUAGCCUUUGGUUCGCUGAUUUUAGCAAUAUGUCGAAUAAUCAGAGUUAUUUUGGAGUACAUCGACCAGAAGUUGAAGAAAUUUGAUAAUCCUUGCACUCGAUGCUUGCUGUGCUUUUUGAAAUGCUUCUUUUGGUGUUUGGAGAAUUUUAUUAAAUUUAUCAACAAAAAUGCUUAUAUAAUGUGUGCAAUCCACGGUAAGAAUUUCUGUGCAAGUGCUAGAGACUCCUUUGCACUAAUUUUGCGAAAUUGUACGAAAUACAUAGUCGUCGAUAAGACUACCGAGUUUGUGUUCUUCAUGUCAAAAGUGUUAAUAAGCGCCGGAAUGGGGGCCCUAUCAUAUUUAUACUUCGGUAACGACUGGGCCCAAUUAAAUGACGACUCCUUGCAUUAUGGAUACGCCCCUGUGAUUUUGGUUGUCAUCGGGACAUUCUUUAUAACAUGCGUCUUCUUCGGUGUUUAUGAUAUGGCUGUCGAUACUUUACUUUUGUGCUUUUUGGAAGACAGCGAACGAAAUGAUGGAUCACCUGAAAGACCUUAUUACAUGUCGAAAGAGCUUAUGAAGAUUUUAGGCCGAAGGAACAAAGUCGUCGAGGACUAGAUUUUACAUCUUUCAGCCAACUUCCAAAUUUUACCGAUUAAUUUGAAUUUAUUUUAAUUUAUU